CUGUACCCCACACUGAACUCAUUUCAUUCAAAUAUCCACCUUCUUUCCUCACCUACAGUUCAUUCACAAUUGAAAAACAUACAAUUUAGUAAUUAGUAAAAACAAAUACUCAAAAGAGAUCAGAGAAAUCAGAAAAUGAGAUCUGGGUUUACUAAUUUGGUUAGUUGUGUAAUUUUGGUAUUAUUAACCGCUGAUUUAGGGUUUACAGUAGGAAUAACACCCAGACCCACUAAUAAUAGAAACCAUAAUCAAUGCCAUUUUCCAGCAAUUUUCAACUUCGGGGAUUCCAAUUCGGACACCGGCGGACUAUCAGCGGUGUAUGGGCAGGCCCCACCUCCUAAUGGUGUUACCUUCUUUGGUGCUCCUGCUGGCCGUUACUGUGACGGCCGUCUCAUUAUUGAUUUCUUAGCUGAAAAAUUAGGAUUACAAUAUUUGAGUGCGUAUCUGGAUUCAGUUGGGUCAAAUUAUAGUCAUGGAGCCAAUUUCGCAACAGCAGGUUCUACGGUGAGACCUCAAAACACAACAAAGUCUCAAAGUGGAUAUAGCCCUAUCUCUUUGGACGUUCAAUUUGCUGAAUACUCUGACUUUCACAAAAGAUCCCAAGUAGUCCGUAAACGAGGUGGUAUCUUUGAGGGGCUAUUACCCAAAGAGGAAUACUUUGGUCGCGCCAUAUACACCUUUGAUAUUGGUCAAAAUGAUCUUACUGCUGGCUACAAACUUAACAUGACCUCUGACCAAGUCAAAGCAUACAUCCCUGAUGUUAUUCAUCACUUCUCCCAAGUUGUCAAGGGUGUGUAUACACAAGGAGGAAGAUCAUUCUGGAUCCAUAACACCGGUCCACUGGGCUGCCUACCGUAUAUGCUAGACCGCUUUGUUCUUACGGCGGCCCAAAUUGAUGAGUUUGGAUGUGCAAGCCCAUUAAAUGAGGUUUCUAAGUACUACAACAUUAAGCUCAAAGAGGCUGUACUUCAAUUGAGGAAGGAUUUGCCUAUGGCCACAAUUACAUUUGUUGACAUUUACACUCUUAAGUACACUCUAAUUACCCAAGCCAAAAAAUUGGGUUUUGAAGAAAGUCUUGUAGCAUGUUGUGGAAUUGGAGGAAAAUACAAUUUCAACAACACAAUGAGAUGUGGAAGCACUGAGAUUUUGGAUGGCAAAGAAAUUUUGGUUGCCAAAUCCUGCAAUAAUCCAUCCUUGCGUCUAAUUUGGGAUGGCAUUCAUUAUACUGAAGCUGCUAAUAAGUGGAUAUUUCAUCAAAUUAUUAAAAAUUCUUCUUAUUUAGACCCACCAAAUUCUUUGGAAAUGGCUUGUCCCAAUAAAUAUGUAUGAAUUUGAUAAUUACAUCUUAUUUCAAUUAAAGUAUUUAUUACUCUUAUUUUUUUUAGAAAUAAAAAAACUUGUGUUCAA